CUGCUAUUGAACAAUGUUUGGAGGUUUGGGGAAGCUGGCAGCCGAGGGCCUGGCUCACCGCACUGAGAAGGCCACUGAGGGAGCCGUUCAUGCUGUGGAGGAAGUGGUAAAGGAGGUGGUGGACCAUGCCAAGGAGGCUGGAGAGAAAGCCAUUGCUGAAGCCUUAAAGAAAGCCCAAGAGUCAGGGGAGAAAGUGGUGAAGGAAGUCACUGAGAAAUUGACCCACACUGUCACCGAUGCCGUCACCCAUACAGCAGAAGGUCUGAGCAGACUGGGACAGUGAACCCCUGCCAUUGGGGUUAACCUACCCCAAAUGUCAAUAAA